AUGAGGAAUCUUCUGUUCUGGGUCUUCGUUUUAUUGGGAGUUGGAGUCAAGGCUACUGUAUUAGAAUCAGCAAGUAAGUAACUCCUUUUUAUUGCACGAUCAUCUCUUUAUUUGAAUUCAUGUUCUGGUUUAGGGAUGUUUAAUGAACGACUCUCGAACGACCCGGACUCUUUCCUUCUUCCUGGCCGUGUUAUUUUACCCAAAAAUGGAAAUAUUGCGAAUUCGGAGAGUCAGAUCAAGGAUUCUUAUUUUGAAGCAAUGAAGUCGCUGGCCGACAAAGAAGGGAUCAAACUGAUCACGGGCCAGAAUCCCUCGCUUCUGGAUAUCAACGAAGGCCUUCGAAAUACGCCCUUCAAUUAUCCCGCCAAAAUAUACCGCCCACAUUAUGCCCCAAGGUUUCAAUCUGCAGCCAAAUUAUGCGAAAAGCUGCGAAUGUGUUAA